GCCAUGUCACUAUCACGGGUCCCUGGCCCGGAUAGGCUAUUCGUUGGCGGCGUGUGGGCUCUCAACAUGGAGAGCCAGCGGCAGCAGCUACACGAUGAGGGCAUCACACACGUCCUCUCCGUCAUCAAGUACUCGUUUGACCACUGGGGCGAGGAGGCGAAGCGCUUCCCACACCACCUCAGCAUCGACAUUGACGAUGACGAGGACAUGGACCUGCUCGCGCACCUGCCCGACGCCGUGAGGUUCAUCGACCAAGGGCUCUACCCCCCCGCGCCGGCUGGCGAGAGCUCCGGGACCACAGGCGGCAGCAGCAGCAGCAGCAGCAGCAGCAGGACUGAGCAAAUAAGAGAAGGGGCGGUGGAAGAACCCAGGUCCCCGGGGGCAGUCUACGUGCACUGCGCGAUGGGCAAGUCGCGCUCCGUCAGCUGCGUCAUAGCCUACCUGCUGUGGAAAUACCCGCACCGCUUCGGCGGCGGCAAGCCACUCGCCGCCUCGACGCCCGCCGAGCGGCGCGCGUCCGCGGCCCAGGCCGUCGACCGGGCCCUCGAGCUCGUCCGCCAGGGGAGGUCCAUUGCCGAGCCCAACGACGGGUUCAUGGACCAGCUGCGCCUGUGGUGGGUCAUGGGCUGCCCUGCCGGCGCCGGUGGCCAGCUCGAGAACCAUCCCGCGUACCAGAAGUGGCUGUAUGAGCGGCUCCUCAAGGAGGCGAGGGACGCCCAUGUGCCGCCGGACGCUGGGCACAUCCGGUUCGAGGAUGAGGUGGUGGUGCAGCAGGCGGACCCUGCCACCCAGGGGCGACCAGCAGGAGGAGAAGCAGAGGUCCGGUGCAAGAAGUGCCGGCGCACGCUGGCCACGCCCAAGUUCGUCGUGUCACAUGGUGGUGGUGCGCCACCUGCAGCAUCGGCGGGCAGCUGCGCGCACGUCUUUAUCGACACGCUCUCGUGGAUGCGGCCUGCCCUCGAGGACGGCGCGCUCGAGGGCCGGCUCAACUGCCCGAAUGCAAAGUGCGGCGCGACGGUCGGCCGGUUCGCGUGGCAGGGGAUGAUGUGCAGCUGUAAGCAGUGGGUUGUCCCCGCAUUCUCGCUGAACCGCAGCCGGGUCGACGAGCUUGUC